UAACUCAAAAUCAGCUGUUUUUGUAACAACGGACCAUGGAACAGAAUGGGAUAUGAAUAAUUCCUGUUUGACACAGUAUAUUUACUAGUUUUGUCUUUUUUUGAGCUACGUUUUUCACCUUUUUAGUCGAAGAUGUCUCCUUUAGCGGCUGCCAGUGGGGAUGAUAGUAAAGCUCUGGUGAGGAAGAUGUUGAGGGAAGUACUGGUGGGUCGAGAGGAUCCAGAGGGGUUCUUCGCCCUGUGUGUGUCCGUCCUCGGGUACCAGGACACCCGGUCACAGUUCCUGUCUCUUAUCCAGCCCCUGUCCACGGCCAACAGGUCCCUCCAUUCGACCCUCACCUCCAUCUACAAGGAAUAUUUCUCUAAGGCUGAAGAUGAUGACCUACAACUUGCCCUGGCUCUCUCUCUACUGGACACAGAAGAUCAGAUGUCAGUCUGUAGCCAAGGCUCCCAACAUCAGCAAAUUAAUGGCAGCUCAAGUCAGAGUAGCCUUCUUCAAGCUACCUCAGUGUCUCACACUCAGGGAGGCAGCUACAGCCAGAUAGCAGCAAUAAGAAGCCAAAGAAAAAAUGCUAGUUCAUUACAGAGUGGGCACCACAGCAAGAUGAGCCCCCAAGAGACCGCCCAAAACUGUGAUCUUGAUAAAGACACACAAGAGUUAAAGAUGAGUCCAAUGGUUUGUGUUUCUAGACAGUCCUCCUCAUUUUCCAAGCAGGACACAUGUCAAGGAGGUGUCCAAAUGAUGGAGAAGGGAGAUUCAAAUGAGUUGGAGAAACCAAAACGCUCAAGGAACAGGAGACAGCGGCGUAAAGGUGGCGACAAACAGGUUGUAGGUGUUCCCUGUAGUCCAUCUGGCCUGCCACCAGUUUUACUCUGGUUUCGAAGGGACCUGCGACUUUGUGAUAACCCUGCAAUUAUAGGCUCGUUAGAGGUUGGUGCCCCUGUCAUCCCUAUCUUCAUUUGGAGCCCAGAAGAGGAGGAAGGACCUGGAAUGACUGUGGCUAUAGGAGGAGCCUGUAAAUAUUGGCUUCAUCAAGCUUUGUCCUGUUUGUCUUCAUCUUUGGAGAGGAUUGGCAGCCAUCUUGUCUUCCUCAAAGCCAAUGGAGAAGGGAAUGAUGUUGGAUCGUCUUUGCAUACUCUCAGGGAGCUGGUAAAAGUGACUGGGGCAAGAACAGUACUGGCUAAUGCCCUCUAUGAGCCCUGGCUGAAAGACAGGGAUGACAAAGUGGUGUCAGCUCUGCAGAAAGACGGUGUUGAAUGCAAGAUGUAUCACUCAUACUGUCUCCGAGAUCCUUAUUCUGUCAGCACAAAGGGGGUGGGACUAAGAGGGAUAGGUUCAGUGUCUCACUUCAUGAGCUGCUGUAAACAGAAUCCAGGGUCUGCCAUAGGUGUUCCCCUUGACCCUCCUGAAUCUCUUCCCACGCCUGCCCACUGGCCUCAGGGUGUGUCUUUGGACAUGCUUGGACUGGCGCGAAUGCCCCGCAGGAAAGAUGGCACCGUGAUUGACUGGGCUGCUAACAUUAGAAAAUCUUGGGAUUUCAGUGAAGAAGGAGCACAAGUCCGGUUAGAGGCUUUCCUACAAGAUGGUGUGUAUAGGUACGAGAAAGAGUCAGGUAGAGCUGAUGCACCAAAUACCAGCUGUCUGUCCCCCUACCUCCAUUUCGGUCAGUUAAGCCCACGCUGGCUCCUGUGGGAUGCCAAAGCAGCUCGCUGUCGACCCCCAAAGUUUCAGCGCAAACUGGCCUGGAGAGAUUUGGCAUACUGGCAACUAACACUAUUUCCUGAUCUUCCCUGGGAAUCCCUUAGACCUCCAUAUAAGGCCCUACGAUGGAGUAAUGAUCGUGGCCACCUGAAAGCCUGGCAGCGAGGGCGAACAGGCUAUCCUCUGGUGGACGCAGCCAUGAGGCAGCUGUGGCUGACAGGAUGGAUGAACAACUACAUGAGACAUGUGGUAGCUUCCUUCCUGAUUGCAUAUCUCCAUCUGCCCUGGCAGGAGGGCUAUCGCUGGUUCCAGGACACCCUGGUGGAUGCAGAUGUUGCCAUAGAUGCUAUGAUGUGGCAGAAUGGGGGCAUGUGUGGCCUGGAUCAUUGGAAUUUUGUCAUGCAUCCUGUUGAUGCAGCAAUGACCUGUGACCCAAACGGCAGCUUUGUGAGGAAAUGGUGUCCCGAACUCGCAAAUCUGCCUGAUGACCUUAUCCACAAACCAUGGAAAUGUCCUGCAUCUAUGCUACGGCGUGCAGGUGUGUUGUUUGGCCAAACCUAUCCUGAACGAAUAGUUACAGACCUGGAGGGGCAAAGGAGUCAAUCUCUGCAAGAUGUAGCCCUGGUCCGGAAAGAAUAUGGACAGUAUGUGGACAAGCGCACAGGCUGUGACUUGGUGCCUCUGCCGCCACGUCUGGUCUCUGAGGCACUGGGACUGUCGCACCAAGAAGAGGGCGCAGUGACUGUAGGCAAGCAGUUCCUCCUGCCCGUAAUAACCCGCAUGGAAUUCAAACACCAGUUAGAAGAUCCAGAUGCAGAUGCCGCGUCAAAUCCAUACAAUGCUGUUCUGAAGGGCUAUGUGAGCCGCAAGAGGGAUGAGACCAUUGCUUUCCUUAAUGAGAGAGACUUUACUGCCAGUGUGAUGUAUGAGGGAGCUCAGAGGAAGGAAAGAAUGGAGAGUGAUUACCGUAGAAUGCAGGGACUCCCUCGGCCUCCUGCACCUCGAGGCAGGGCCAGACGAACUCCAACGGCCAAAGACAAGUUCUCUAUAGUGCCAGGUGGUGUGGUAACUUCACUCAGAUGACAGAGAAUUAAACCUUAACCCUUUAUCGGGCAAAUGGCUAUUUUUGGUCAUUUCAGCAUGCAUUGCAAGAUAGUGACAGCAACAGUUCCAGUGAGGACAGUGAGGCAAUAAUCUCAGGUCCGAAGUGGUCUACAGGGUCUGUAAGGUCCACCUCUGCAUAAACAGUGAGGGUACUUGCUUUGUUAGGUAUCAUGAAGUAAUGGUACUAAUGUAAGGAAUGAUGUUCAAAGGGAUAAUGUGGGUGUUGACAGGUGUCUGGAUCAGCACUUUUGUUGGUCUGUUAUAAAAGUGAU